ACUCUCAUAGUCUGGGUACCGAUAGAAAGACUGUCCAAUAACUGGAGAGGAGCUCGAUGCGUCAUUUAGUAAGGGGUUGGGCAUAUAGACUAUUCAUUGACGGAUGUAAACAUAAUUCAUUCUGAUCAUCAGUGUUUCAAAGCUCAAAGCAACAAAAUGACGUCUGGAAACUGUUUGGCCUUGCUCCUUCUUUUGCUCUCCAAGCAAGCAGAAGGAGGAAACACAUGUAAUAGUCCAUGGUUCAAUCUUCACGGGAGUUCGUGCUAUGCCUUGUAUAGCGUCACUCUGACGGAAAAGUAUGAAGAAGCAAAUACGAUAUGUGGUAAUGUUGGGGCGCAUGUCUACGUACCAAAUUCAGAAGGAGAAUACAAUGACGUCUCUGCAUAUCUUGUUUCAAUAAUACACCAACUUCAGCAUGUUUGGCUGUGGAUUGGGUGUGAUGAAACAGAGGACGACGGCGUCUUCCAGUGCGCUGAUGGGACGGAGCUUGACAGCGACAGUGGUUGGUGGCAGGACUUGUAUCCGACGCCAGGAGGAUCUCACAGGUGUGUUGAUCUUUAUGGAGGAACAUUCCCCCAUAAAAUAUACGACCAUUCAUGCAUGGAAAGGAACACCUUUUUCUGUGAAGUUCCACCGACAUCACCGCCAACAUCCGGUCCUACGCAAGGUCAGGUGACCACCCCUUUCCUGGUCAGCACUUUGUCCACGGUGGUCACCGAUCCCACCAGUUCUGCAGCCCCAGUUAAUGGGGACGAUACCACUGCAACCAGGAUCACAUCAGACUCCACCAAUACCAGCACAGCUCAAGCCAGGUCACUGCUGCCAACAUCCGGUCCUACACAAGGUCAGGUGACCACCCCUUUCCUGGUCAGCACUCUGUCCACGAUGGUCACCGAUCCCACCAGUUCUGCAGCCCCAAUCAAAGGAGACAAUACCACUACAACCAGUUCCAACAUACCCCAAGCCGCAUCACUGGCAACAUCCAGUCCUACACAAGGACAGGUAAUGACCACCACUUCUCUGGCUACCAACGCUGCUUCAAAGUCUCCCUCAACAACGGUUCAAGAAACGAACAGCAACGCCUUCAACACGACCUUGGACAACAGUUUCACCACAAUUUUCACAACCGAUUCUGUCACUUCUACCAACACCAUCCCUCCGGAUGCCACCGAUACCAACACCCCUUCUAGUGAUGCCACUUCUUGUGGAACCUGUCCGAGGUGUUCGCUCAAUGUCAAAAUGUUUACCCACGUCUGUCCAGAAAUCUCCGGACGGAAUGGAGUCACUAUUCCGGCCAUUAUUGUAUAUUUCACAGAUCGUGAUGGCAUUAAAUUUGGGGAGGUUUGUGAGAAGCUAAGAGCUAUCCAGCGCACAGGGCCGUUUCUGUUUCGGCAAAAGCAACGCUUUCAGAAGAUCGGCGUCCUUUGGGGGAAGUAGGCUGUAGAGCGUCUUUCACUGAAUAACCUUUCUAUCAUGGAUAAUUCUUUUCACAAACGCGGAAAUAUAUUGCGGAGCUGUGACUAUUAAGGUGUUCAUAGUAUAUCAUUAACAUGAUUAAGAUAUCUCCGUCUUUCCUCAAAGAGCAAAAUUAAUAUGAACGAAAUUUGACAAACUAUGAACGAACUUAAUUCAGGAGGAUGAUUGACCAAACUUAAGAGGGAUUUUAACAUGGCCCUGGGAAGCGGGGGUCCUGGAAGUGCUUCAGCAUCACAAAGAUUUCCUUGGGGUGCUGCGUGUAUUAUUCUUCAUAGGCAGCACCCCAGGUAAUUCUGGAAGAUGUGUAAAAAUUGAAAAAAAUGUAAACAAAAUGACCUACCUUCAUAAUGAAACUUUUUUUUCUCUCUUUUCAAAUUUACAUCGGUACCCCCAGUAAAAAAAAUCGUUCCCAGGGGUCUGGGUUUUAAUAUAAUUAUUCAAACUUACAUUCUGUACAUAUUAACCUAAUAAUAUAUUUUCAUUAUGUGAUAUGUAUUUCUUAUUUCGCAUUGGUAGUAAGUACAAAACUUUCAAAUAUAUCAACUAUGUGAUACAAUACAUUAAGACUAUGAAGUGAAUUCAAUUGACUACGAAUCAAUUGAUUAAAGGGAAUUGUAGAAAAAAACCAAAUAAUAACAAUGAGUGUUCUUAAAUAUCUUUUAUAAAGUAAUAAAUGUUCAAAUAAAUUACAACUAUUUUUACUCUGAAAAUAGCAUUAAAAAUGGACAUACUGAAGCUUUUCGACAUGCUAUUAUCCGAUUUCGCAGUACCAACCACUUGUAAGUAAUUCUGCCUAUGGCAACUACCAUGGUAACAUGGCUAAGCAGCUUAUCACAAUCAAGGUUACCAUGGUAGUUACAAUAAUAACAAAGUUACAACAGUUUUAACUCUUUAUGAAACGGGUCACAUGACUGUAAUCACAAUUAGUUUCGCACUUUAGACAAGACUUAAUUAAAAAGCAGUGACGGUUCAUGAACAUCAAAACAUGACGAUAAUUGAGGCGAUCGGAAGUGCAGUAAUUCGUGAAGUGCUUGUAAUUAAUAUUAAUUAACCAUAAUAAACUACCACAGGGAAUGG